UUCUUUUCUUUCAAGGAAGGUGAUGGAUUUGACCGCUACUCAAAUAGGAAAUCUUUGCCAAUCAGCUGAGACCUACAUAACGCGUCCCCCCUCGCAGCUCACCAAAAUCGAGGUCUUGGAUCAGCAGAAGAAUGUCAUGUUUUUCUUGGUGCCGUGAUCGGGAUUCGGAAAGGAUCACCAGAUGUUGAGGGCUGAAUAAAACUGACCCUCUAUCCCCUCACUUGGAUCCUCUGUAUUAUAUCUAUUCAUCAAUUGACAUAGUUACAUCCUCAAUAUGCCUCCUGGAGUUCCACCAAAGCGAUCCUACUCUCGUACCGAUGCUGCUGUGCGCGUCGAGUACCCUGAGCACCAUGAACUUCCCGCUAGUAAGCCAUUGAUCGGUCAGGGCGGACAGUUCUCCAAGCCGACGUUGGCGUCGUUGUCGCUUGAGGGAAAGACGAUUGUUAUCACGGGCGGCGCGAGAGGUUUGGGGUUGGUUAUGGGGCAGGGGAUUGUCUACUCAGGUGCUGAUUUGGCGAUUGUUGACUUGAACAAGGAUGAAGCCCAGUCGCAGGUUGGUCAGUUGACGGACGCCUUCAAGAGAGAGAAUCCAAACAGCCAGAAAAUUCCACGAGUCACAGCUCACUACGCAGAUGUCGCAGACCAAGACUCAGUAACCAAAUGCAUCGCCGAAAUUCUCAGCAUCCAUCACAAGAUCGAUGGCCUAGUUACAUCAGCCGGCUUCACUGAGAAUUUUGAUGCGAUCCACUACCCCAUUGAACGUAUGCGCAAGCUAUGGGGUGUCAAUGUCGACGGAACUUAUCUGUUCGCCGUCGCUGUUGCCAAGCAUCUCAUGGAACGUGAGGCGCCUGGAAGUAUUGUUGUCAUAGGUAGCAUGUCUGGGGCCAUCGUCAAUGUUCCUCAACCGCAGGCUCCGUAUAACGCUGCCAAGGCGGCGGUUCGCCAUUUAGCUGCUUCUUUGGCAGUCGAGUGGGCUCAUGCUGGCAUUCGUGUCAACUGUAUCUCUCCUGGUUACAUGUUGACUGCUUUGUAAGUCAUCCCCCGACCCUCCAUUCAACUUUAGACUAACAGGCAGCAGAACGCAGAAGAUCUUGAAUGACAACCCGGAUCUUGAAAAGACGUGGACGUCUCUCAUCCCCCAGGGACGAAUGGGCCAGCCGCAAGACUUGAUGGGACCUGUGACCUUCCUUUUGUCUGAUGCUUCUUCAUACAUGACUGGAUCGGAUCUUCGAGUUGAUGGAGGCUACACUGUCACUUAGAUAGGAAUGAGUCUCCGUCAAACUGGUCUCGAGUGCUGUUAUUAUAGACGUUGAAUAUUUGAAUGAACGUAUAAAGCCCAAAUGGUGGCCCAAAUGCAUGAAUGGUCUUAUUGCCUUCUUGUGUCGGUCCUGGAGUGACCUCAGGGAGCAAGAAAACUUCUGACAUUGAAUCAGGGUGCCAAAAUAAACUGGUCUAAAAGCCUAAGAAGAUAUGCUAAGUUUACCUAAGUGUUUUUAUCUCUUAGACAAGAGGUCCUAAGUUUUCUUGCCUCCCCUUG